AUGUCUCCCACAAAGAAGGCUGUUCACUUCGGCGGUGGCAACAUCGGCCGCGGCUUUGUUGCCGAGUUCCUUCACAACUCCGGAUAUGAGGUCAUCUUCGUCGAUGUGAUGGAUAGUAUUAUCAAUGCUCUCCAGUCCACAAAAUCCUACACCGUCACCGAGAUUGGCGAGGAUGGCGAACGCACCUUUACCAUCGACAACUACCGUGCCAUCAACAGCAAGCACGAGCUCCCCAAGGUCAUCGAGGAGAUCGCUUCGGCUGACAUCGUCACCUGCGCCGUCGGCCCCAACAUCCUCAGGUUCGUCGCCGAGCCCGUCGCCAAGGCCAUUGAGGCACGCACACUCGAUUACCCUCUCGCUGUCAUUGCUUGCGAGAACGCAAUCAAUGCCACCACAACCUGGAGGGGUCACAUCGAGAAGUACAUUGAGGAGAAGCUCAACAAGGAGACCCUCCAGUCCCUCGACAAGCGUGCUCGCUUCGCCAACUCUGCCAUUGACCGCAUCGUCCCCGCCCAGGAUGCCGAUGCCGGCCUCAAUGUCAAGAUCGAGAAGUUCUUCGAGUGGUGCGUCGAGCAGAAGCCCUUCGAGAAUGGCGGCAAGAAGCCCGCGAUCGAGGGCAUCCACUACGUCGACGACCUCGAGCCCUACAUCGAGCGCAAGCUCUUCACCGUCAACACCUCGCACGCCACGGCCGCCUACUACGGCUACAACCGUGGCAAGCAGUUCGUCCACGAGUCUCUUGCUGACAAGGAGAUCCACGACAUCAUCCGCAAGGUGCUCGGCGAGACGGCAAACCUCAUCGUCAAGAAGCACGGCAUCGACGCCAAGGAGCAGGACGAUUACGUUGAAAGCAUCAUCUCUCGUAUCUCGAACCCCACUCUUCAGGACAGAGUGGAGCGUGUCGGUCGUGCCCCUCUCCGCAAGCUCUCCCGCAAGGAACGCUUCAUCUCCCCCGCUGCCGAUCUCAUCGAGCGCGGCCAGAGCAUCGACAACCUCUUGGGUGCCAUUGAGGUUGCUCUCCAGUUCCAGAACGUCGAGGGCGAUGAGGAGUCGGCAGAGCUUGCCAAGGUGCUCAAGGAGAACAACUCUGAGGAUGCCACUGCCAAGAUCACCGGUCUUGACAAGUCCCACCCUCUCUUCGCAAAGGUUGCACCCAUCGUCCAGAAGGUGCAGAAGACUUCUUCUUUGUAG